AUGGAGAGCCGAGUGACCGCGGAGGAGGACCAUUCCCGUCUCACUCCGGAGAUGCUGAAAUCCCGGACGGGGGAGUUUGAUCUGGAGUCAAUCCUCUUCCUGAAGCUGCGCGGUCUCGGGGUUCAGGAGUUGGGAUGUAUCGGGGAAUGUCUGAACCUGGAACGAUUGGAUCUGUCCAACAACCACAUCGCCCACCUGGCUCCGCUCUCCUCCCUGAAGAUGAUGGCGGCCCUCAACGUGUCGUGUAACCGCGUGUCCUCCCUGGAGCCGCUGGCCUCCUGUGACAACCUGCAAACCCUCAACGUGGCCGGGAACGCGCUGUGCGGCGUCGAGGCUUUGCACUGCUUGAAGGGUCUCCGCAAGCUGGAGAGCAUCCGCCUGAGGGAUCCCGUCUACAACCUGACCAACCCUCUGUGCGCCAACGGCUCCUACCGGCACGCCGUGCUGGACACCGUACCCAGCGUCCGGGUGAUUGACGGCGAGAGGGUCAGCGGCAGCGGCAGCGACCUCUACCGCCUGUGCCGGGACAUCGAUAACUCACUGAAGAGAUUCGCCGCCGGCAAUGCCGUGGCGGUGCCGGGCUCUGCCAAGCCGUGGGUGGAGGCCGGGUACUGGGAACUGAAACCCUUCCAGAGCGCCAUCAUCGAGGAGGCCCACAAGCAGUUCAGUGACAUUGUGCAGGAGUGCGAAGAGCUGAGCAGGAGGGCCGACGACGCCAUUGCACAGGCCGAGAGAGCCCUCAGCAUAAGAAGUGACCCCAAUACCUACGUCUUCUGA